GCAGUUGCCUACUGUGAUCAACGAAGAAUGAUUAGUGUCAAAUAUAAUUAUUUAUUUUUUAAUUUUUCAUAAAUGUUUUUAAUAAAAUAUAAAAAUGUCUUGGAUUAAAAAAAGAGCUACACCGUCCCCAGUGUCAAACACAACAGCUGGUGUACCUGGAGUUCCUCUAUAUAAUACAAAUCAACCUGCCCAGUAUCAACAACAAUGGCAGCAAAACUAUAAAAAUCCACAAACAUUUCAGCAACCUCAAUCACUACCCCCACAAUAUCCACCAAACAAUUGGUAUAAUCAAACUCAAGGUCAAACGGUUCCUACUAAUAAUCAAGAGCAAAACUAUAACUGGAAUCAAACGUCACAACAAAAUAUCGGUGGAGGCAGUGGUAAUUAUUGGCAAACGACUGAUCAACAACAAUCAGCCUAUAAUAAUGUAAUUGCACCAGGUACUAAUGCAAAUCAAUAUCCAUAUCAAACACCCACACCACCAUUGUUAUUACAAUCACAAAAUCAACAAUACUAUCAAAAUGCCGGUUAUCAUCAAAAUGUUGGACAAACUCAACCCCCACGACCAAGUUCUGUACAACAGUCUCAACAUGACUUUAAUCAAAGUAAUUAUACACAGCAACAGCAACAGCAGCCAACUAGUUUAACAAAUCAAAAUAAUCCGGAAAGUGAUCCAUGGGAUUGGGGAUGGGGUGAUGAGUCUACUACAAAUAAUAGUGGAAAUACUAAUGAAAAUAAUGUAAAUCAAAAUUUUAGUACCAUACAAGAUAGUUUUAAUCAAGGAGAUGAUACAUGGAAUUGGACUGUUGAAGAUUCAAAUUCGAGUUCGACGAGUAAUAGUUACAAGACUGAAAUUGGUAAACAGCAAAUGAAAAAUGAAACAAAACUCGAUGAACAAUCGCCAUCGGUUUUAUUUGAACAAAUGGGUCCAUUAGCUGGAAAACAUCAAGGUAAACCUACGGAAGAGCCAAAAGAAAAUGUUGUAUCACUGGAACAAAUACCAUCGACAUUCACUGGCCGUCGUAUGCAGCAAAAUGACAGUACUCUAACUCCACAAUGGUCAAUUGAAUCACAACUAUCCCAAGAUUCGUCCGAUGAUAUGCUCCCAACAUCUGAAAGUAAUAAAUUAUCACGAAGUUCAACAAUUAGCCAAUGCCCUAGCUUACCAAAUUCAAGUCAAGAUUGUGAACAAACUUAUACGAAUCAAGAAGAAAUUAAACAAGAACCACCUUCAAUGAGCCCUUGGACUGAUAGCAAUUUUGAACCAACACAAAUUUCCGAUGUUACACAAGCGAUUAAUAAUUUAACAUUACAACAUCAAAAUCUUUUUGAAAAUAAGGAAAUUGUAACACCAGAGACACAUAUUGCUAAAAAUGUCACACCUCCACUAAAUCCAGUAAAAAUUUCAUCGCCGCCAUUAACUACUCCACCGCCUGGUCCUUCUAACGUUGAAGAUAGCGUAAAUCCAUAUAAACGAUCAUCAGGAAAACCUAAUUAUAAGAUAAGAGUAGCAUCAAAUUUAUAUACUGGGCGUUCAUCACAAGAAAACAUUCUUUCAUCAAAUUUCAUUCAGCAACCUAAUUUACUUGAAAAAAAAUCACAGUUGGAGGUAAAUCAAGUUGCAAAUUUAGAAACAGUUCCCGAUAAUGUUGAACGACCUGAUCAAAUUCCAAUCGAUUUAACAUGUCAAAAUAAUACUAGUCGUAAAAUAAAUAAUCAACCAUGGUCAUCUUCGUCUGGUGUCGAAAAUCUAGAAGUAGCACCGAAAAAUGAUCGUAACCAAUAUUUAGAAACAGGACAGUUAUCUGAUAACGAUGUCCCUGAUAUACAACAAAAUGAUUCUGAACAGAAUACAGAAGAACCGCCACCAGGAUUAAGACGAAUGGUGCUUGGACGUACUGAAAAUGAAUCAAUUGCUUCGUCAUCGAUAAAUCCGACACCUAGAAUUUUAACAGGAUUAGAUCGUGUUGUGGACGGUGAAUCUGAAAAUGUUAUGAAUUCACAGAGUAUAAAUUCAAAUUCAAUACCUGAAGGAAACUAUGAAUUACCAGCAGGAUUACAUCGUAUGGUUCCUGGUGAAUCAAGUUCACCGGAAUCGAAUGCACGAUGGUUAACAAAUGCCACAAAUGCUUAUUUUCGAUCGAAUACAUUUGAUGAUGACGAUACAGAAGCUGAAUUACAAAAUAUUGAGGGUAAUAUACCACAUCGUCCUGCACAACGGUCCGAAACCAUUGGAGCUGAUACACCACCUACGACUCAAUCCUCUGAUAGCGCGUUAAAUCGUAAUCGAAACGUUUUAGCUAGUGAUGUACGUGAAACGAAUGUAGAUGGGGCUGACACUCAAUCGGAUUCGGUUCCAGUGUCUAGUGAUACAUCAGUCCGAAAUGGUUCUCAAAAUCAUGAUCGUAUUGAUGUACAAACCACAUUACGGUCGCAAACCGAUGGAGAAAAUACAACUGAUAAUAAUACAGCAAAAGAUCAAAAUCGGCUUACUACAAGAACUGAUUCUUCUGAAGAUGAUCGUGAAAUUCGAGAAGCAUCAGUAGAUAGACGAAAAAAUAAGUCACCAACACCUAGAUAUGAAAAGGAUAAAAAAUAUUACCGAGAACGCGAAUCAUCACCAGAACGUUAUUGGGAUAGAAAAAAUGAUCGUCGACGACGUGGAGGUGGCACUGGUAUCGGUGAUCGUGAUACACGAUUUUAUGAAGAAGAUACGGAUUAUUCUAGUGAUAAAGAACGUAAAGAUAGACGGUUAAAAGAUAAUCGACCAAAUCGUGAUGAGUAUGAUAGAAUUUAUAAUAGUUUAAAACGUGUGAUUGAACGAGAAGGUGGUCGGGGUCCUGAAUAUGAUCGUAUGAUUAGUACAUUACGUCGUGAAAUGGAUCGUGAUGGUGUUGAUCGCGAUCGUGAACAUCGUGUGGAACGUAGUAAGCGUGAUCGUGGACGUGAACGUGGUAGUGAAUAUGACGGUAGAGAACAAAGACGUGAUGAUUUUUAUUAUGAUCGACGGUAUGAAGAUGAUUAUUAUGGUCGAGAGAGUCGAAGUUCACGUCCAUCAAGCCGUAGUGAUUCAAAUUAUCGUGAACGUUUGGAUCAUCGAAAAACCCGUGAUCCAUAUAAUUCAUAUUAUCAGGGUGCUUAUGAUCCAUAUUAUGCGGCCCACUAUCAACAACAUUAUCAAUAUUAUGAAAAUUUACGUCGAACUAACCCUGCAGCAUAUGCUGAAUGGUAUCGUAAAUAUUUACAAAGUUAUGGUGCAAUGGGAGCUGGGCCAACAUCCAUUGAAGGUUUUCGCGGCCAUGAAGAUAAAGCAUCCGUACAUUCUGGUCGUAGUUCAGCUAACGAUGAAUUACAUAAAGAGAGGUGCACAAGUCACAGAUAUUAUUCAGGUGGUUCAUCAGAAGUAUCCCAUAUGGGUGGUUAUUUUUCACAAUCGCAUACUCAUUCUUAUAGUCAAGAAUAUUCUAGACCAUUGGAUCGUACAGAAUCAUCGUUAAAUUUAGAAGAUUCAUCUGUAUCAGUGCAACGAUUAACACCAACAAAAUUCUCAACAGCUCAUGUAAAAGCAAGCAUAUCAUCUGGUCAUUUAGUUCGUGUUUUACCACAUUAUCCAAUGGAUGGACAAUCGCCAUUAGUUGAAAUAAUGGAAUUGCAUGAGUUAUUAUUAGCAAAUGAUCCAGAACAACAAGAAUUAGCUGAUUUUCCUGGACCAUUAAUUAAAGGCGUUACACAUAAGAAAACAUUAAUCGAAUAUUGUGAGAAUAAAAUUAAAAAAGCUGAAUCGUUCACUUCAAAUCAACAUAUUAAUGAUAAAGAAUCUUAUAUUUUAAUGUGGGAACUGUUAAUUUUGUUAUUAAGGCAAAAUGGCGUUGUGGUAGGCACUGAUAUUGCAGAAUUAUUAAUGAGAAAUGCCUCACGACAAAACUCAAACGCAUCAACAAAUAGUCGUCGUGAAUCAAUAGUAUCAUCAGUUAGUAGUUUACCCGAAGAAAUACCAUCGGUGGCUGUUCCAGACACCGAUGACAAUCCUCCAACAUCGUCUACAUUUAAACAAACCAACGGAACCAAUUCGAAAGGAAACGCUUUCAAUGAAACAUAUCUAACAAAUAAAUUUAGGGAAUAUCUUAUUUAUGGAUCUGGAAAAGAGGCAUUAGAAUGGGCUAUGAAACAUGGUUUAUGGGGCCAUGCAUUAUUCUUGGCAAGUAAAUUAGAUAAACGAACUUAUGCAAAUGUUAUGAUGCGUUUUGCUAAUGGAUUAACAAUAAAUGAUCCAUUGCAAACUUUAUAUCAAUUAUUAUCUGGUCGACAACCUGCUGCUGUAACGUGUGUUUUGGAUGAGAAAUGGGGUGAUUGGAGACCACAUCUUGCAAUGAUUCUAUCGAAUACAUCACAACGACCAGAAUUAGAUCGUAAAGCGAUUACUACAUUGGGUGAUACAUUACAAGCUAGGGGUUCAUUAUAUGCUGCACAUUUUUGUUAUUUAAUGGCACAAACUGGUUUUGGACGAUUUAAUUACAAAGCGGGACGUUUAGUAUUAUUGGGAUCAUCACAUCAAAAAGAAUUCCGUGAAUUUGCCACAAAUGAAGCAAUCAUUAUGACAGAAAUAUAUGAAUAUGCGUGUAGUUUAAGCGAUACAACAUUUACAAUUCCAGAAUUCCAGCCUUAUAAAUAUUUAAUCGCAACAAGAUUAGCUGAACGUGGAUUUUUCGAGCGUGCAUUGCUAUAUACAGAACGUAUUGGUACCAUUAUAUCCCAAAAUCCAACACGAUAUGAUGCUGUAUUUGCCAAUCAAAUUCUUGUACUAGCGGAACGUUUAUGUGCACGAGAUCCUACAGCAAUGGCUGAAUUUCAGUUAGAUGCAAAUGAGAGUACGGAUGAUAAUUUUAUAAAUUCAUCGUGGAUUAGCAGUUUAAAAUCAGUUUUAAAUGAUUACAAUAUGGGUAUAUUACAAGAAAGACAAUCAAUGAGUAAUUUAGCAUCAUCAGAAUUAGACAUUACACAAAGUUUAACUCCACCAACGGAUCAUCAUGAUGACGUUGCAGCUGUACAACAACAGCAUCAACAACUGAAUCAAACGUAUGAUCAAUCAUCUGUUAAUUGGAACAAUCAACAACAACAACAACAACAUACACAACAACAACAACAACAUAAUAUUGAUCAAACACAACAAUUUUAUCAAACCGAUAACUUUUUACCUCAACAGAAUCAACCAGACAACAACACAUUAUCAUCCACAACAUGGUCUGAUAAUCAAUAUCAAUCUCAACAACAACAACAACAACAACAACAAUCAGACAUCAAUAAUAAACAACAACAACAAACAAUUAGUUAUCAUACAACACAACAAGACGAUCGAAGAUUUGGUAAUGAGUACCAACAAAAUCAAUAUUGGGAUCAACAACAAUGGAGUACAGAUCGGAAUAUAACUGAACACGAUUCAAAUCAACAACAUCAACAAUUACAAGACAAUAAUUAUUUAGAUAAUAUUCAGGAUCAGUAUCAACAACAGACAUCAUCUCCGAUGCAGCAGCAACCACAAAUUACAAUGCCAAAUUCACUAGGAAAUAGUAGACAAUAUGAUUAUGAUCAAGAUAAUAAUCAACGUAAAAGUAAUGCGGAGAAUAAACCAGCCAAGUCAUCGUCUUCUGCGUUGAGUAAUAAACAAGGGAACAGUUCAUCGUCUGGUUGGUUUGGUGGUAUAUGGAAUAAAUUAUCAUUGCGACCGAAAAAUCAAAUGAUUUUACCGGAUGAUAAAAAUCCAACGAUCGUAUGGGAUCCAGAAAAGAAAAAAUGGGUGAAUUUAGAUGCAGAUGGUGAAGAAGCAAAUAAUGAAGUAAAACCACCUCCAAAGAUGACAGAUUUGUUGCAUAAUAAACCAGGUGGUGGUAUGCCACCUCCAUCAUUAAAUAGUUACCAACAAUCAAAUAAUAAUCAACAACAACUACAAAUGCAACAAAUGCAGCAAGCACAAGUAUUACAUAAUAAUGCAAUUAAUAAUAAUCAGAAACUUCAACAACAGCAACCAUUGCCACCUGUGGGUGUUGAUGAGAAUGAUACACAAUUUAAACCACCAUCGGCACCCAAUAUGUUCAAAAUGCAACGUGGUCGAGGUAUAAAGAAAGCAUACGUGGAUGUUUUUAAUCCAGGUGGCACAGCAAAAUCAACUAAUCCAACAUCAGCUCUACCUUCUUUAAACCCAUCUACGAUACCACCAAGUAAUAAUUUCUUUAUACCGGCACCUGUGAAUGAUCCGAAUGCACCAAUUGAUUUUCUAUCACCAUCGUCUGGAGUUGAAUUACAUAGUAAUGCAGAACAUCAUGAUAAAACGUAGGUAAUUAAGAUAAACCGUGGAAAACGAAUUUUAAAAAUUACAAACGCCCAUUCUCCUGUUAAGUCUAUAUUGAAAACAAAACAUUCAUAUUGAAUCGUAUUUAUCGCCUCAUUAAAUUUUAAAAUAUAUCGAAUAAAAUCAAUG